AUGGUAUAUUUGGAACAAAUAGCAAUUGAUGCAAAGAAUGAGUUCUUUUGCACAAUUCUGGAGGUUCUCGACUCAAUUAUGAAGCAUAAUGAUUAUAAAAAUUUCAGGCAAACAACUGACCCUUAUAAGCCUGAAACAAACAAAAAUUUCACAAAAGAUCGAGUUUCCAAUAUAAUUAACGAUGUUCUUUUAUCUAAAGAUCAGAACAGUGAGGAUUCCUUCACGAAAAAUAUCGCAAGCAACAACAUUGCUCUAGUCUGUUCCAACGAUGUAUAUAACCUUUUGAACCACCUGUUUAACAAUGGAAUUUGUGAGCUGGGAUUUGUGAGUAUCGACCGCAUAGAAGAUGUGGCGAACCGGCAGGCAAAGUCGAUUAACGAGGACUAUGAACUCCCGAAGCACAACGAGGUGUUCGUUAUCCGUCCAACAUUCAGAGACUCACACGCACUGGCAAUGCUCCUGCAGAAGAGACACAUGAGCGUGAUCAGGGUAGUCUGUAUGCCCGAGAUAAGCGAAGUGUACCCGCAAAUUCUGUCGCACCUGCUCGGGAAAAACUUCAACGUGUGCAAAUACGGCUCGAACACGCCGUACACGACGAACCUGGUGGAGCUGUUCCAGUGCUCAGUACACAUAGUCCCAGUCGACGGAAUCCUGUCGAUGGUCAUGUCGAACUGCUACUCGGACUUUUACCUGCACGGAGACCCGACGACAGCCUGGUUCUUUGCAAAGGCGUUCGAGUAUCUCCAGAAGAAGCACCUGGGAGGAGCAAUUUUAAACGUAGUAGGACUGGGGACGCUCUCAAAAUACGUUAUUGAGCUGCUGCUUAAGAACAGGAGGGAGGCGGCAGCUAAUUUGAUCGUGGACGGCAUCGACAAGGUGCAGAACGAGAAGUGCUUCAUUCCGCUCAAGCUGCUGGAUAAUUACCAAAAGGGCAUAAUCUGCGACAUGACCAACCUGGAAAAAAGAGCAAAGGCGACUAAGAGCGAGUUGGACACGCGGGUGCUGCUGUGCAACUCGCCCACCUUCAAGUCGUCAAUAAUCAUCGACAGGAAGGUUGACCUGAUAACGCCGAUGUGCACCAAUUUCACGUACGAGGGACUGCUGGACACAGUAUUCGGAGUUAAGUGCAACCUGGUGAGCGUGGACACGCAGGCCCUGGACGGCAAGGUGCUGAACCCACUUGACCUCAUCGUCGACUUCCAGAAGAGUGGGCAGAAGCACAGCGCCACGAAGAAGACAGUCUCGCUGUCCUCGCAGCUCUACGACGAGAUCCGGUGGAUCGACUUCUCCAAAGUCGGCGCGUACCUGCACGAAAAGGCACUCAGGGUUAAGAAAGGCUACGAGGGCGGCGGGAUGCAGACGAUCGGAGAGAUGGGCGAGUUCGUCAAAAAGUUCAAGUCGCUGCAGCAGGAGCACGCGAACCUGUCGACGCACAUCAACAUCAUGGGCUACCUGAGCUCCUACGUGAAGUCGGAGCGCUUCCAGCUGAUCCAGAGCGUGGAGGACAGCAUCCUUCAGGGCAACGUCGACGCGGGCAAGGACGACUCGCGCCUGGCCAACAUCUCGAAGCUGUGGACGAAGAAGACGGGCGACCCCUACGUGGCGCAGAUCCUCGACCUCAUCUUCUGGAACACGGACGUGCGCAGCGUGCUCAGGCUCGUCGUUCUGCUCAGUCAGACUAUGGACGGCCUGAAGCAGGCGGACUUCAACACCAUUAAGCGCGCGAUCGUUUUCCAGUACGGCUUCGCGAACCUCAAGACGAUCCAGAACUUCAUUAAGUGCGGCCUCAUUAAGGUCAACAACGCUGCCGAGAGUCUGCGCUGGCAGAAGCUCUGCAGCAAGUUCAACCUGCUCGUCGAAUCCGAGUUCUCGUCCACAGACUGCUCGGGCAUUUUCGGCGGAUACGCCCCCCUCAGCAUCAGAAUCGCCCAGCUCAUCAACAUCACGAACGACUGCGCGCCUCUGAGCUCUGAGUUUGCCUUCCUGAACGCGCAGAUCGUCGCCACUAAGCAGAAGUCGCUGAACCCGGGCGCCCUCGACACCGUUGGCGUGUCCACCAGCAAGUCCAUUCCCACGCAGAGCGUUACGAGCGGCUCCUCUGAGCCCGUGGAGAACUGCCUUCUCUGCUACAUCGGGGGCAUCACCAUCGGCGAGGUGGCCGCUCUUUCGCUGCUGAACUCCCUGAAGUCCAAGUACCUGGUCCUGGCAACCGACGUCAUCAACUCAUCGCACCUAAUCAAAAUGUAA